GGGGAGUGGUACUAUACCUAGCGUACCAUUACCUAAAUUGACACUCCAAGCGGACCGAAUUGCAGCGCGAGGCUCUGGCGUCUCAACUACCUACCUUACCUACCUUACUAACCCGAGAAUGUCGUGUAUCGAUCGUUUUAGGCUGUCCUUGGAGCUCGCCUCAGAAAACCAUCGACUGGUCUGGAUGUCUGGACCCUCAAUUGCGACGCCACUGGGGGCCCAGGCGAGCCAGGCACAGGGUAGCCGGUCUGGGGAAGAUCCUGAGGAUCCCAAUGGAGCGCAAUCAUUCCCACCAGGCGCUGAAACACCGCCGCGAUCUGGAUCAAGGGGGAAUACGGCAAGAUACCUUUACGAAGGGAUAGGACUAUUCAACAGCAAGCACGUUCACAUUGGGCCCAGCGAAGAUCGUACGAAGAUAGGGUUCAAUUACGUUCUGGUUCAAAACAUAACUAUCAAUCAAGCCGGCCCAAGUCGAAAUCCGCCCGACACCAUCCCCACGCACACUAGCCCGUCGGAAAUACUUUACAGAACGAUGAUCCCCGUCGAUGCUCCGGCCCGCGAUCCUGUAGAACAAAUGCCGGUGUGGGCAACAGCGUUUCCAUCUAUGUUGGUGCCGAUGGGAUCAUUGUCGCACGGAGGCCAUCCGCAAUUCCCCGUUGCCCCGCCCCCGAUAGGAACACAGUAUGCCUACCGCGCACCCCAAUCACACCAGCCUCCGACGGAUCCACCGCGGGCCGCGCCGGCCGAGCAACAGGUGGGGAACCGGCGAUUGAGGAGGAGGCUAAGGAUUAGGUGGAGAUUUUGUGUCCUGAUGUGAUAUUUGACCCACUUCAACUUGUUUUUAGUGCGGGUGCGAGGGGAGCACUACAGUAUUGACAUGAUGCUGAUCAUGUAUCUGCAUGGUAUCAUUCUAACCAUCGACUGGAGAAGAUGCGGGAUCGCCAUUCUGCUUCGGCGUACAUACCUACAUACAUAUGACAUGAUCCUGACUACCUGAUCUUUCAAAAGCACUUCGAUGUUCCACUCCAUCUGUAUCUCCUCGAGCGCGACGAACUCUGUACUCUGUAGGUAGCAGAGUCCCCUGCAGGGUUGG